AACUGAAAGCAAAAGAAACAAAUAUAUACACAUCCCAGAGGUAAAAACAAAUAUGAUGUUAGGAAUCAAUAUUUUCCGUUUCAAAGAAAAAUAAUCCAAAUAUAAAAUGAAACCUAUUAAGUAAAACUCAUAGAAUCCCACAUUUGAAUGACUUAUGAAGUAUACUCACUUAAAAAAAGUGUUUCCUAGUUUUGUGCUAGAAAGGCUUAGAAAUAAUGACAAAUUUAUAGUAGCGAUGAGUCAUUAUGACGGAGGUACCAAGUAGGCAGGUAUGCAAGAUUGGAUAACCAGCCAGGGGGACCAGCCCAAGUUCUAAAUUUGGGGGUCCUCAGCAUACAGGGAGUCCUGCAAGUCAAGGGAUUGGAUGAUGUCACGAAAGGAGUGACACAGACAGAAAAGAGAGAGGGCCAAGGACUGGCUCCUGGCCAGUCCUUCUUCUUGGGUGACUUCAGAUUUCUCCUCAUGCUCCUUGCUGUGGUUGGUGCACCCACCCUCCAUCCUCACCCCCAAAGGUCUUCUCUCAGCAUCCAGUGACCUCUUCAAAGCAUAAUUCAGAUUAUCCAACUCUAUUUCCUAAGCCUCCUCAAUGAUUUCCUGUUGUUCUUAGAUAGAGGUUCAAACUCCUCACAAAGAGCAUCUGGCUCCCCUCUUCUCCUCUGGCCUUUUCCUUUCUCUCUGCAGACCAGUUCCUCUACUGCACAGUCCUAUUUAUUCCUCAAAUACACCGAUCUUUCUCAUUUUAGGGCCUUUGAAAAGCUGUUCCAUCAGUCCAGAACCUCAUCUUUGCAGGGUUGGCUCCUUCUUUUCAUUCAGAUUUCAACACAGAAUUCCACCUCUUCACAGAAUUUGUUCCUGAACACCCUCUCUGAAGCAUUCCCCAAACACAAGUAGUCACCCAAACACAUUGCUCAAUGGUGCUUUUUUUACAGCACUUGUAUCUGACAUUAUCUUAUGUAUCUGUUCAUUGUCUGUCUCUCCUACCAGAAUCUAAGCUCCAAGACAGAGAGACCCCAUCUUGGUCACUGUUAUUUUCUCAAUGCCUUGAAUGACAGAUUCCACUUCGUAGGCAGGCAAUAAAUAUUCGUCAAAUACAAGAGCGAUUGACUUGGCUUUUGCCUCCUUUUUGAUUUCCAAAUUCAGGGAGAGGACAUUGGGCUGCCAUUUUUUAUUUGUCUAGGUUUGUUUUACUUUCUUACCUUUUACUUCUUCACCAGCUCCUCCAAGGUAACAAAGCCUUAUUCAAAAGGCUGUGAAUCAGUGGAUUGUGUAAAGAAGUUACUUUAAUCUAAAUGCCCCUGACCUAAUGGAAUGCAUCCAGUGACUCCCGGGAGGAGAUUGGGUGGAGUGGGCCAGGACUGCGUCUGAAACAGCAUCUGCCGCAGUACAGCCAUGGAGGAAGUUCUAGAGCCGUUCUUCAUUUUCGUAGGGUUGCUGGUGUGCCUGGUCUGCCUGGUGAAGUGUGUGAGAUUCUUCAGAUGUGUUUUACUGAACUUCUGGAAAGUCUGGCCAACACCUUUCUUGAGGUCAAUGGGCCAGUGGGCAGUGAUCACCGGAGCAGGAGAUGGGAUUGGGAAAGCAUACUCAUUCGAGCUAGCUAAACAUGGUUUCAACCUUGUGCUUAUCAGCCGGACGCUGGAAAAACUACAGGCCAUUGCCACAGAGAUUGAGUGGACUACAGGAAAUAGCGUGAAGAUCAUACAAGCAGAUUUUACCAAAGAUGACAUCUAUGAAUAUAUUAAAGAAAAACUUAAAGGCUUAGAAAUUGGAAUUUUGGUCAACAAUGUUGGAAUGCUUCCAAACCUUUUCCCAAGCUAUUUCCUUAAUGCACCGGACGAAAUCCAGAACCUCAUCCACUGUAACAUCACCUCAGUAGUCAAGAUGACACAGCUAAUUCUGAAACACAUGGAAUCCAGGCGGAAAGGUCUCAUCCUGAACAUUUCUUCCGGGGUAGCCCUCUUUCCUUGGCCACUGUACACCAUGUACUCGGCUUCUAAGGCUUUUGUGUGCACGUUUUCCAAGGCACUGCAAGUGGAGUAUAAAGCAAAAGGGAUCAUCAUCCAGGUGCUGACUCCAUAUGCUGUUUCGACGGCAAUGACCCAGCAUCUAAACACCAACGCGAUAACCAAGACCGCCGAGGAGUUCGUUAAAGAAUCACUGAACUAUGUCACGAUUGGAGAUGAGACCUGUGGCUGCCUUGCCCAUGAAAUCUUGGCGGGCUUUCUGAGCCUGAUCCCCGCCUGGGUCUUCUACAGCGGCGCCUUCCAAAGGCUGCUCCUGACAUGCUACACGGAUUACCUGAAGCGGAACGCCAAGGCCAGGGUCUCGCUCUGUCGCCCAGGCUGGAAUGCAGUGGCAUCAUCAUGGCUCACUGCAACCUCCCACUACUAGGCUCAAGCUAUCUUGCGCCUCCCCCUCUGAAUAGCAGGGAUUAUAGAGGAACUCGAUUGAGGACCAGAUGUCCAGUCCUAAGUAACAAGCCACUGUUCAGCUGCUUCAGGAAAACCGUCCUCUUGCCUUUGUGG